AUUUACCAGAGCGAAGAAGCAGCUCUUCGCUGAAAAUGCACACAUUCUGACAAAUUUCAUCUUACUCAGGGUUCAACUUUGGCAGCGUGCCUUCAUUUGCUGCACAGCUGCAGCGCCACCUAGCCGCGAUGCGUCGCAACUCCAUCCUCUUUCCUUGACUCCCGGAAUAGCUGGAGAAAUCGGCUACAAACAAGCAGUAUCGGGAUGCCUCCGCCCCCGAGACAAACGCUGCGAGCCUGCGGACAGAACACGUUCGCCCUUAUUGCAUUUGGUGCAAAUUUCCUUUAUGUUUUCUAAUAUGGAGGACCUGUGAGAGAUCAUUAUAAAGAGCGGAGGACGAGCUGUUAGAGCAGUAAAGCGCGCUUAGUUUCACUGCAUGCUAGCCGUAUCCCCCCAGCGGUUGCCGUGACGACGAACUGACAUCACCGGGAUGCCGGAGAUGGCACAGGAUGGCUGUUGUUGCACCAGCAGCGUCGUGAUUCGGGUCCAUAAUUCCUCAAAUUGAAGCUGAAUCUCAACUAUUCCCGCGUGGUGUUAUCGCCGGACAUGUUGCGAUUUGCUGUCAUCCUAGUCCUGGAAGUUUUUCUAGCGACUACGGUGUUGUCUUUCGAAUGCGAGUUCACGGACCAGACCUGUGGAUGGAAGUGGUCCGAAGGAUGGAUUCUGCUCACCGCUGAGAACACAUCGUCUCUGGGACAGACAGCGCCUAAUGCGGACGCCGAAAAAAAUGUCAAAGGUCUCAUUCUAUACUACAGUCCUGACGUCUCGGGACAGCAGGAAAAGUUAGAAAUCACCAGUCCUGUCUUCGAACCACACACGUUACCUACUUGUGCUCUCGAAAUGGCAUUGCACAUGUACCAGAUGGAUCCGGCCAGUUUUCAGAUAGUCAUCAAAGCCCCCAACAGCACGUGGGAAAGCACCAGCUUCCAUGGAAACAGUGCGCACAAAUGGGAGAAGCAGACGCAGCUUAUAGGACUGGUUAGCCAACCUUUCCAGGUUAUUCUGGAAAUCAUCAAUCCAGCGUCCGCUUAUCCUUCGCACGUCGCCGUCGAUGAUCUUCAGGCUGUUGACUGCUACGACAGAAAAAGGCCAACAACAGAUUGUACGUUCCAUCAGUUCCAGUGUGAUGACUUGAUUUGCAUCGAGAAUAACCAAGUGUGUGAUACUACACCGGAUUGUGUUGAUGGAGAAGACGAGGAACAAGAUUGUGAUAAAAUUCCGAGGAGCGCUUUUUGUACAUUCGAAGAUGGCUUUUGCGGAUGGAAUGCCAGCGAGACAGGGGACAGCAAAUGGAUUCUUAACAAGGGAGAGUCGCCUAAUUUACGAACGGGUCCAUCGUAUGAUCACACCUACCAAAACGCAACAGGCACAUACGUCGUGGCGAAAUUUCCUUCGGGCAGAGCAUUUGGUCGACAAACUGUCCUCACCAGUCCAUGGUUUGAACCUCCACCUUACUAUCACAGGAACCCGUACUCACAGUAUUACAACAGCUGCGAGGUUCGUUUCUUUUUCCACAAAUUUGGGUUGAAUAUGGGUGAUUUAGUACUAGAUGUUGUGGAAUCCGAAGCAACUCCUGGAAAAACAAGAGUAGCACCACUUUGGAGAAGCUAUGGCAACAAAGGUGAUUUCUGGUGGAAAGCAUCUGUCAUGUUGCCCAACAUAUCCAAUCCGUUUCAGUUGCAGUUUGUUGCUAGCCGAGGUGUUGGACAUAGUGAUAUAGCGCUAGAUGAUAUAACUCUGAGCCCAAGGUGUUUUGGAAUCGGCGUCCCAGAGAACGAGAGUAUUCUUCCUGAAGAACUUCCCAAACCAACCGUUCAGCAGCGGCAGGUCACUUACGUUAAAAAAUUUCUUUUCACGACGUGUGGUGCUCGUGGUAGACUAGGACCAAGUGAAACAUUAUGUUCCUCAGCGUAUCAAAAUACUACCACCAAAGUGACUGUAAGUACUGAACCCACAAUGGAAGGGAUCCAGAAGUGGACUGUACCCGAAAGUGGCCUGUAUACGAUGUUCGUGAAAGGAGCUGGCGGCGGAAUGGGUUUCUCCAACCGGCAGCGGAGCUUUGGCACUUCCCUUCGUGCGACUUACGACUGGCAGGAAGGUGAUACCAUCUAUCUUCUCAUAGGGCAAAAGGGCAUAGAUGCCUGCGCGGGGACGCCAGUCUGUGAACCCAGAAUAAUAAAGAGGGACAUUACUUUAAAUACGAAAAUGAAGAAAAUUCGGCAAAUGAAAAUAAAUGGAGGAGGAGGUGGUGGCGGCGCCACUUAUAUAUUCAAAAUAGACCUUGAAUCUAAUCAGAAGAUCCCCAUAGCUAUCGCGGCAGGUGGUGGAGGAUUUGCAGCAGAAACUACUCCGAACAAAUCGAUUAUACCAGGCAAUCCACACGGGCUUUCGAUAAAUGACUCCUUACUUCCGAUCAAUGGAUAUACGGGAUCUGGAGGAGGUGGAGGUGGAGGAUGGGAUGAUGAAGUCGCGCCACCAAUAAGUGGUCAGUCUCUUCAAAAGGGAGGACGUGGAGGAAAGGUUUGCCAGAAAUAUGAGGAAUUUUUACAAUCCGACGGUGGUUUCGGCGGAGGAGGUGGAGGAUGCUCCUCUGGAGGCGGAGGCGGUGGAUACAGAGGUGGCGAUGCAUCAGAGGAUGAUCCUUACAUUAAUGGGAAUGGUGGCACAUCAUAUCUUAUGCCUGGGUCCAUCAGAGCUGUUGUCGAAGCAGGUUCCAAUUAUGGAGAUGGCUCGGUGAUUGUGGUUCCGGCUCAAAGUGGUUGCGGUUGCCAGCACCUUUGUGUGUAUUUGGACUUGGAAAAUAUGGCUUAUUACUGCAUUUGUCCACCACAUCUUACCAUCAGUAUAGAUGGUUAUUCUUGCAAUGGUCAUCCAGGAGUCAGUGUUUCACCUAAGAUAUUGGUCAUCAUCAUUCUGAGUGUAGUCAUCGUCAUUUCCGUAGCAAUAGUCUGUAUAUUUUUUGCCACUGCAAACUACCGAAAAGUCCAACGGGAUCGAGAUGUGAGUGAUGAACCACUGACUAGUCCUGAGGAACAGCUGAAUCGCCUGCGGAACGGCGGCGGUAUGGUAUCUGAGAACAACCCAAACUACGAAUUCGGUGGCAACACCUGCACGGAACAAGACCUCAGGAAAGUCCCAAGGGAGAAUCUAACUCUUGUUAAAGCUCUAGGUCAAGGAGCGUUUGGAGAAGUUUACCAGGGAUAUCUUACCAAUCCGGCUGACAACACCGAAAGACCUGUGGCAGUGAAGACUUUGCCUGAACUGUCUUCUAGCCAAGCUGUAUUGGAUUUUCUAAUGGAAGCUCUUAUCAUGAGCAAGUUCAACCACCCGAAUAUCGUCAGCUUCAUCGGUGUCUGCUUCGAGAAGUUGCCCCGAUUUAUAGUUUUAGAACUCUUACCCGGUGGUGACCUGAAGUUAUUCCUUAGAGAGCACAGACCCAAACCAAACAAACCAUCCUCAUUGACGGUCACUGACCUGUUGCUGCUCGCUAUGGAUGUGGCGACAGGUUGCCAGUAUUUGGAAGAGAAUCAUUUUAUCCAUAGAGACAUAGCUGCAAGGAAUUGCCUUUUGACUUCAAAAGAUGCAAAUAGAGUGGUAAAAAUAGCUGAUUUUGGGAUGGCUAGAGACAUCUAUAGAGCUGACUACUACAGGAAAGGUGGUAAAGCCAUGCUUCCGGUGAAGUGGAUGCCCCCAGAAGCUUUUCUUGAUGGAAUCUUCACUUCAAAAACGGACGUGUGGUCUUUCGGGGUGUUGUUGUGGGAGGUGAUAUCUCUCGGAUACAUGCCCUACCCCGGACGAGGUAACCAGGAAGUCAUGCAAUUAGUGACGUCUGGAGGGCGCCUGGAACCGCCUACUAAUUGUCCCGGUCCAGUGUACCAUAUAAUGAUGCAGUGUUGGCACCCGCACCCGGAUGAGAGACCAAACUUUACCACCAUCAUCGAGAGGCUUGGAUACUGCCUGCAGGAUCCUGACGUUAUCAAUGCGCCUUUACCAGUUUUUAACAGGGCUCCCUCUAUGGAGAGGGAUGCAACUGUUAUGCGCCCAGUGGAUGACGAUAGCGGAGGCUGCCUGCAGGUACAAAGACCCGAUCCCGGUCUCCUUCUGUCCCCAGGAUCCGAAGACUAUUUGAUUCCAAUGCCGCAAUCGUCGUGCAGUUUGACGACAGACCUCCAGUCCAGCCCCAGCCAAGGGUCUGCUGACCAAUUGUUGGAGUUGGAGGAGAGAGGUAACACACCGUCAGUUCACCCAACAGUGUGGGAAACCAAUUUCAUGACACCGGAUACACCCACAGAACCUCGAUGGACACCAUCAGAUGGUGGAUCGAAGACUAGCACAUUUUCUCACCCACCUAUGCAGCGACAGGAUGGAUACACUGAGGUACCUACUGAAGAUACUGAUGCUCAAAAUGAAGAAGACAACAGUUCAAAAAUACGGCAAAAUGGCAGCGUGGCGUCAUGUACCCCACGCAAUUCUGUAAGCCGUUUGUCCAGCAUCAAAUCCCUAGAUGAUUUACCAAUUGCUCCAAGCAUUAGUGAAAAUGAGAACAACUUGAAAAAUCCAUCAAACGUAGCCAAACGCAAGUCGAACCUUUCCCUCGAUCCAAGUGCUCUAGUCAGGCAGAUGAGUGGAACUGGAAGAGAGCCGAGCAACUUGCCCCCAAACCGAUACAUAAACGUAGAUGUCAACUGCAAUACAGGAGACAGCAACACCUCUCUUUCUAGACCUGUUCUUGCCAAUCGCAAUAGCGUAACUGGACCGUUUGAUGGAUAUUCAGGCGUCAAUCCUGUUGCUUGAAUUGGUGGAUGUUGCUUAUGAGAGAAGAGAUUUCAUUACAUGAAACUUUAUUUUGUUACCGUGCCAAAAUUCAGAUACUAUCAGACUCUACUGCAGGAACAGUGAGGUACAGUAUCUACAUGGAUGUACUCUUCAUGACGUUCUGAAAUGUUUAGUGGCUUUUAUACCACUGAGACAUUUUCAAGCAUUUUUUUUAUUAUAUGAGGUUAAAAUGGGGGCACUAGUUGCCUCCUUCAAAGAUCUAGAUCUUAACACAGGUUUGAUAAUACUGCAGUCAUUUUAAAACAUUUGAAUUGGAGUAACGUUCGUGAGCAAGACAAUUCUUCAUAAUCUGCAAUAGCAUUUAUAUCAUAACUAUAACAGAAAUCCCGUGGAAGAUAAUGCUAAAAUUUAGGUAACCAGCUACGAAAUCUGAGAUAUUUUAAGCUAUCAAAUGGGAAAAACUUAAUACAUUUUCUUACUUACAUCAAGUCCUCCAGAAGCAUUUACGUAACUAUAAGAAGAUACAUAAAAUUUUUAAUUCGAUUUAAUAGAGCAGUUGUUGUUCACAAUUACAUUGUGUUCUUCUAUUUCCGAUUUACAACAACAUCAGUUUGGUAUAAGAUACAUGGUCAUAAUCUUUUUUUUUUAUUAAUUAAAGUUUAUUAUUCCUUGAUACUUAGAUUUAUAGGACAAAGAAUAAGUGUAUAAUGGAAUGAAAAGAUUAAAUUAUUCGUAAGGAAAAUAUGAAAGCUAUAUAUUUUAACAGCUGAGAAUAUGUGAAUAUUAGACUACUAGUAAAGGACAUUUUGCACCUCGAUGUUAACGAAUGUGUGCUAUCCUCUUUAGUAAACUACGUAUAACUUCCUUGGGGAAAGGAUUUCUUUUG